AUGUCUAUUCGUACAGUUGGCAUUGUUGGCACUGGCGUGAUAGGGGCAUCAUGGACAGGUCUUUUUCUUGCCCAUGGUCUGCGCGUGAUCGUUGCGGACCCUGCACCUGCAGCGGAGGAGAAAUUGGCUUCCUAUCUGAAAAGUAUCUGGCCUGCAUUAGAGAUCAUGGGUCUAGAUGAAGACGCUUCUCUUUCGAACUACAAAUUUGUAGGUGCGACUUUGGGCGAAUACUAUAAAGAAGUGGACUUUGUCCAAGAGAAUGCGCCCGAAAGGCCAGAGCUCAAAACAAAGCUCCUUGCCGAGAUCGACGCAGCUGUUCGUCUAGAUGUCGUCAUUGCGUCCUCAUCUUCAGGCAUUCCAAGCUCGAAAUUUGUUGGUCAGUGUCAACACCCAGAGCGAGUGCUCAUCGGCCACCCGUUCAACCCACCUCACCUCAUGCCGCUUGUGGAGGUAGUUCCCCAUCCGAACACGAGUACCGCAGCUGUUGCACAUGCAAUGGCUUUCUAUGAGUCCGUAGGGCGUCGUCCCGUUCACAUAAAAGACGAAAUACCCGGUUUUGUCGCCAACCGUCUCCAGGCUGCGCUUUGCAAUGAGGCGUACAGCCUAGUGGCUCGUGGGAUAGUCUCCGCGCAGGACUUGGAUGCUUGCGUCACUACCAGUCUGGGGCCUCGGUGGGCCAUGGUCGGACCCUUCCUGGCAAACGCAAUGGGAGGCGGUGGUGGUAGCGAGGGAUUUAAGCACCUUCUUGAGCAUCUGGGACCUGCAAGCCGAGUUUGGGUUGCAGAUAUGCAGGCACAUAAAUUCGACUGGUCUCAGGAGAGUAUUGACGUGUUGGGUUCAAGCGUUGCAGACGAGCUUCAAGGCAAAGACGUCAAAGAGCUUGAGCAAAAGCGGGAUGAUGAUCUUAUCAAGUUCUUCAAGAUCAAGGGCGUUAGGCAGCGCCCGCGAUAA